AUGCCUGUUGAUACGAAAGGUGUGAUGUUCUUCACACCCGAUCAUCAGGAUGAUGAGGAGGAGACGUCGUCGUCAUCUCCCGAUGUUGCUAAAAAGGUGGAUAUAAACAAGGAGAAAUCCAAUUUGACGAUGAAGCUGAAGACGUGCAGCUCGACGGAGACCAUUGUCGCGCCGUCAAUGGCUGCGAGAGCCAGAUCUUUCAAUAUGACAGAAGUCGAUUAUUCGCUGGCAGGAAUCGCUAGUAGUUUUACCCCGGUUCCUUCGUUUAGUCUUGAACAUUCAAGUAAAGAAAAAUCCUCUGAAGAUAAUUCGAAACCAGUAACAGAGCCAUCAGAAAGUUUGAUACCUCAGGAAACAAAAAAAGAUGAACAGAAGAAGCGAAGUUCGAGUAAAUUGUCUGAAAUGGAUUCGCCGAGUCCAAAGCGACGCCAGAAGAAUUCGUCGGAGAUUUCGGAUCCGCCUAGCGAGUUUUUCAGAGCGCAAAAAAAAUUGAUAGAAAAGAAAAAGAAAGAGCAGAAGAAAAAUAAAAGCAAUAGUGUGAUGUCAUCGAAUACAGCGAGCGAUAGUGGCUCGACGUCGAUUGAAACGCCGAUUCCGAAGAAGGACACGACGAAGAGGAGGAAGAAGAAGAAACGACAAUCGAAGGAAACGCGAACAAGCAAGCCAAAAAGUACGGAAAAGACGAAAUCGGUAACACCUUCGGCGACGACGACACCCGAGAAAGAAAAAGAAUCGAAGGAAAAAUCAAAGAAAAAGACCGUGGAUAGCGAAGUUUUCGAUACUGGGCCUUUUAAGCCCAACUAUGCGAUGACUGGAAUUGCUGAUCAUUCUACGAGCUCGCCGUUCGAGCUGUCGACAACACCCAUUGAGGUUCAUGAGAGUAGAAAACACAAAACGAUUGAGAUCAAUAACAGAGCUCGAUUGGAAUCGCAAAAUGAUCCCGGAUGUCUGUCACCGUCGUCGUUGAAAUCGGUUCUGGAUGAGAUUCAGAAUGAGCCGAGAUGCAAAUCGCCUCAACAACUCGAUUUGCACACGUUCCGUGAUGCGGUCGACGUCAAUUAUCAGCGAAUGGCAAUCACUGGAGAGGAGCUCAGUGGUGUACCAUUGGAAGACUUGAAGACGGCGUCGACACAUUUGAUCGAAGCCCUUCAUCUUCGCGACAAGUACAUGGCGAGAAUUGGCAAUCAAUUCCCAUCAACGACUCAUAAUUUCUUGACCGGAUAUUAUCCGGAUAAUUUGCCAAAAUAUCGUGUCAAGAAUACCGAGACAACUGUUCAAACGUCGUUCAAUCCACCUGAUCCGCCAAAGGAUCAUUGGGGGAAGAGUGAUCCGUUGCCGGAAUUUGAGAAGAAAUACGUUUUGAAGCGCAAUCGUGGUGUUGUCGAGGUUUGCAAUGAGAAUGGCGAAAUUGAUGAGGAGUUUAAACCAUUCUACGCGACCAAAGAGGAGUUUUUGAAUGAUACUGAGAAGCUCACUGCGAUGAUUGUCGAUGGGCCAUUAAAGUCUUUCUGUUUCCGACGCCUCUCCUACUUGCAGAACAAGUUUCAGCUCCAUGUGUUGCUCAAUGAGCUUCGUGAGCUUCACGAGCAGAAAGGCGUUUCACAUCGUGAUUUCUACAAUAUUCGCAAAGUCGAUACUCACAUUCACGCCGCUUCUUCCAUGAAUCAGAAGCACUUGUUGCGUUUCAUAAAGAAGAAGAUCAAGACGGAAGCGAAUACGGUGGUUCUUGAGAAUAAUGGGCAGAAAGUGACGAUGCGUGAAGUGUUCAAGAAGAUGGGAAUUGAUGCGUAUGAUUUGUCUGUCGACAUGCUCGACGUGCAUGCCGAUCGCAACACAUUCCAUCGAUUCGACAAGUUCAACACGAAAUAUAAUCCGGUCGGCGAGUCGACACUUCGCGAGAUUUUCAUCAAAACUGACAAUUAUGUUGGCGGAAAAUAUUUUGCCGAUUUGUUGAAGGAGGUGCUCUCUGAUUUGGAAGAGAGUAAGUAUCAACACGCCGAACCGCGUUUGUCGAUUUACGGGCGCAGCAAAGAUGAAUGGGAUAAGUUGGCAAAAUGGGCGAUCACUCAUGAUGUGUGGAGCCCGAAUGCGAGAUGGCUCAUUCAGAUUCCGCGUCUUUAUGAUAUCUAUCGCGCUAAGAAAAUGGUGAACAGUUUUGACGAGCUUCUCGAAAACAUCUUCACGCCAUUGUUUGAAGUCACCAAUGAUCCGAAAUCGCAUCCUGAUCUUCAUUUGUUCUUGAAACAGGUUUCUGCGAUUGAUUCCGUCGACGAUGAGAGCAAACACGAGUUUGUCCAUUUUGACCGCUCGACACCUUGUCCAAAGGAUUACACCGAUCUUGAGAAUCCGCCAUACAAUUAUUAUUUGUACUACAUGUACGCGAAUAUUUGUGCGCUAAAUGCGUUGAGGAGAGCUCGUGGAAUGAACACAUUCGCGUUGAGGCCGCAUUGUGGCGAAGCUGGUCAUGUUUCGCACCUUCUCACCGGUUAUCUUACCAGCGAGAGCAUUGCCCACGGAAUUCUCCUUCGUAAGGUGCCCGUCUUGCAAUAUUUGUUCUACUUGACACAAAUGGGAAUCGCCAUGUCGCCGUUGUCGAACAACUCAUUGUUCAUCAGCUAUCAGCGAAAUCCGCUGCCGGAAUACUUGCAAAAGGGUUUGAAUGUUUCCCUUUCCACCGAUGAUCCUCUUCAGUUCCAUUAUACCAAGGAAGCAUUGAUGGAAGAAUAUUCGAUCGCCGCGCAAGUAUGGAAGCUUAGCUCAUGUGAUAUGUGCGAAUUAGCUCGGAACAGUGUCUUGCAGAGUGGGUUUGAGGAUAAGGUUGGUGUCAAAAUUCAUUGGCUCGGACCAAACUACAAAGAGGAAGGUGUUCUUGGAAACGACAUUCAUCGCACCAAUGUGCCCGAUAUUCGGGUGAGCUUCCGCCAUGAAGCUCUCGUCGAUGAACUAUACAACUUGUUCCGUGUUCAUCAAAUUGCGAAACCCGCUAUCCAUCAAUAA